GCGUUGUCGUUUGCGAUAUCUCGAGGAAUCGAAACGGCCCUUCAAAAUGCAUCUCGCGAGCGCUGCAGUCGCAUCAGUCGGUCCGUUCGUUCAUUCGUCCGUCCGUUCUUUCGUUCCGUUCCCUCCGUCUGGUCAGUUUGGUUCAGUCUGCGCAACGAGGAAGACUGAGUUACGAUCGACGCGAAUAUUGUGCAAUCCGCAGUAGACUCCGAUAUCCAUCGCGACGAGGAGGAGGUGGAGUGAGAACAGGCCAGGCGGGCGUCUUCCAGCACGGGUUCCUCGCUCAGACGCUACCACGAGUGACACGGCUACCGCUACGGGCUGUAGUUGGUGUUGAAAUGUGGUUCCGACUUCCUGUGCAUGGCGAGGGCUCGUGAGCGUCCUCGUCCUCGUCGUCUUGUGUCGUCGUCCGCGGAGCUGUGCCGUCGUCCGUAUUGAACGGUGGUCGCCGUCGCCGCCGCGAUCGUUCGUCCCGUCGCGCUUUCCUCCGUCUGUACCGUCGGUGUCGUCGUAUUAGCAGCGCGUACAUUCCGCGGGUGCCUCAGUGACGAUCUUCACGUCACACUCGAGCGUGAAAAGCGCAUCACCGCAGGCUCUCGCCCUAAGUCGCGCCUAACAUAGCACGCCGGACUCGCAGGACACGCCGCUCUGUGGCCAAAGGAUGAUCAACAUGGAAACGGACAAGAUUAUCGACGACACGAACACGAAUAUGCAGUAUCCAGUAACGAUACUCUAUGAUCCCGCCCGCAAGAAAGAACCUAUGGGGAUAUCAGCGCAUUACGGCCAGGAAAGAGAAAUCUGUAUGAAGCUCUUCGAGAGAUGGAGCGAACCGGAGCAGGUGCACUUCGUCGAGCAACUGUUGGCGCGGAUGUGUCACUAUCAGCACGGACACAUCAAUGCGUACCUCAAGCCGAUGUUGCAGCGAGACUUCAUCUCGCUUCUGCCAAAAAAAGGAUUGGACCAUGUGGCGGAGAGUAUCCUUUCGUACUUGGACGCGGACUCGCUGAUCGCCGCCGAGCUGGUCUGCAAAGAAUGGCACAGAGUGAUCAGCGAAGGUAUGCUUUGGAAGAAGCUGAUCGAGCGUAAGGUUCGGACGGAUUCUGUAUGGAGAGGACUCGCCGAGAGGAGAGGAUGGAUACAGUAUCUCUUCAAGCCGAGACCAGGCGAGAGUCAUCCCAAUCAUAAUUUCUACAGAUCCCUUUACCCGAAGAUCGUCAAGGAUAUCGACAGUAUAGACAACAACUGGAGAAUGGGUCGUUUCAAUCUUCAGCGAAUCAAUUGCCGUAGCGAGAACUCGAAAGGCGUCUACUGUUUGCAAUACGAUGAUCAGAAGAUAGUGUCUGGGCUCAGAGACAACACGAUAAAAAUUUGGGACAGGAACACUCUGCAAUGUAUCAAGGUGUUAACGGGACACACGGGUUCCGUCUUGUGUUUGCAGUACGACGAUAAAGCUAUAAUAUCCGGCUCCUCCGAUAGUACCGUAAGAGUUUGGGACGCUAACACGGGAGAGAUGGUCAAUACGCUGAUUCAUCAUUGCGAGGCGGUAUUGCAUCUCCGAUUUAACAACGGCAUGAUGGUUACUUGUUCGAAGGAUCGUUCGAUCGCGGUUUGGGAUAUGGUGUCGCAAACGGAGAUCGCGCUGAGAAGAGUACUAGUCGGGCACAGAGCAGCGGUGAAUGUCGUUGACUUCGACGAAAAAUAUAUCGUUUCCGCCAGUGGUGAUAGGACUAUCAAAGUAUGGAACACGUACAGUUGCGAGUUUGUGCGAACAUUAAAUGGACACAAACGCGGUAUAGCGUGUUUGCAAUAUAGGGAUCGUUUAGUAGUUAGUGGUAGUAGUGAUAAUACUAUUAGACUGUGGGACAUCGAAUGUGGCGCAUGCCUGCGUGUUCUUGAGGGACAUGAGGAGUUGGUAAGGUGCAUUCGGUUUGACAGCAAGCACAUCGUCAGUGGUGCUUACGAUGGUAAAAUUAAAGUUUGGGACUUGGUUGCUGCUUUGGACCCACGUGCACUUGCCAACACAUUAUGUUUACGUACAUUAGUGGAGGAGCAUACUGGACGCGUGUUUCGCCUUCAAUUUGACGAGUUCCAAAUUGUCUCAUCAUCUCAUGAUGAUACAAUACUCAUUUGGGACUUCCUUAAUUUCAAUCCAUCAACCGGAAAUGUAUGUAGCGGACGAUUACCAAUGGACGGGACGUCAAAUCAAUCCGAUACUAGAUCUCCAUCUCCAUUCGAGUGACGCAUCAGCACACAGAUUCCUUUAUUGUGAUACAGUUCGGUGGUCUUAUUUCUCAAGUGGUUAGUGAGUGAAUCCAAUGUGUUCACGAUAGUGUGCGCAAAGAACGAAAGAAUCAGUGUCCAGUGUGAAUGGCAACUAAAUAGAUUCAGAUACAUAAGAAGAAACUUGGUCAAUGAAUUUGAUUUAUUGUUUGCUGUGAGAGCAAAAGAAAUUUUCGGAUGUAGGGAAAUACGGACUGAUCUGUGUGAAACUAUAAAUUAUAAUUUAUAUUGCGCUUGACGCACUGCGUUUAGGUACGAACAGUAUGUUAUUAAAACCAUGUAAAAUACAUCCCAUGGAUGUAAACAAUCGUCUGCUUUGGCCAUAUCUGGAAUUCUUCUACGCUCUAUGACAUGAUAGAAGGCGACCAUUUUCCUAUGGUGAAAUAAAAGAAACGGAAUGAAAAGGAAAAAGACUUACAAUACGUAAUAAAGCGAAACGUUUUUAGGGAGGCUUACACACUUAAUAAGACGUUAGAUGUAUUAUAGUAAAUUAAUGAUUUUUUUUUAUAUAAUUAAUUUAUGAUAAGGAGGAAUUAUAAAUUGUUGGUUUGAUUGGAGUACUUAUCUUACGUGAAUGUGCAAGAGGAAAUUGACACGCGAAGAUUGACGUGUUGCUCUGUCUUUCGAAGAAAAGCUAAUAUAUCCGUGUCCAGAAUCAUAGGAAUCAUUGUUUGAGUGUACAAUAACUUUCGCGAUAGAUGUUAACUUUGUGAAAUUGAUAUUAUUUAAAAAAAGCAAGUGAAGAGCCAACAAACUCUGCACAGUUUGAUACAACGCUAUUUGCAUUUAAGAUAUAAUUAAAACAUAUAUUGAAAUGUAAAUAUUUUACUAUUAUUAUUAUUAAUAUUAUUAUUAUUAUAUAUAUAUAUUAUUCAAAUAGAGAGGGAGACGUGGUAGUGCUUCUAAAAUGAUCUUAGAUAUUGUAAAAAGGGGAAAAACACAAUUUUUUAUCUUGACUAUUUGAUCUCGUUUGAAAUGUUUUAUUCGUUUUUGUACAAAUACAAGUUUCUCAUUUUUAUAUUCGCCUAAAUUGCCACUUAUUCGGAUAUACAUCGAUACUGUUUUUCUCUUUUGUGUAAGAGAAACAAAAAAUUUCUCCGCAAUUUGGUAUUUCACUAUGAAAUUCGCUACGAAAAGCAACUUAAGCGUAACCAAAUAACUUGGACACGAGUAAACGAAAGAUGUAUCUUUAUCCCGAUCUAUACUUGUGUACAUAAUCGAAUAUUUAAGAACAAAGUUCAAUUAUGUAAAAUAGAGCGGCAUUGGUAUGAUGCGUCCAAAGUGUGGUUGUGACAUUACAAAGUAGUUUGUGUUUCACGGACGUCGUUAUUCCUAAAUCUUACCGCUAAACUACAAAGUAGUGCGCGGUCGAAAUUUUUGGUCACAUCAUAACAUUUAAAGAUACUUAUUGGUUAUUUGAUAACGAAUUCAGCUACGUAAAAGAAACGACGAAAGAACUCUGUCAGCAAACAUCUUCGCAACUAUGAAAGGAGUGAAAUACCGAAUUAUAUUCCGAAUAUGCGUUUCGUUGCCCUGACGAAAAUAAGAAAUUUCACGAGCGUUUGUUUAGCGUUUGCGGAUGUCGUGGAGAGUUUAUAGAGCGGAAAUAGCAACGUUGCAGCGUUUGAAAGGCGUUUUUUUCAACAUUGCAAAACUUUCAUGAAACGUUAUAUAAAGCGUUUGAUAAGCGAUUCGAAAGCAUUCAAAAUCCAAAGACGUUGUACAAGCGUUCUUACGAAGUUUGAAAACUUAUAAACUCUCAGAAAAUCCUCAUCGAACGAUUGUCAACGCUUUAUAAAGCUUCUUAUUUUUGCCAAGGUAAUGACGGUUAGUACAGGUACGAUCUAUUAUAAUCGCUUAUAAACAUCUGUCAAUAGAUAUAAUGAAUCAUGCAGAACGAAUUGUCACAUGAUGAAUAAUACACGUUUCAAGAUGUUACGACGAUUCGAGCGUUUCAACAACUACUACAAUAAGAUAUUCGGUAUGAGAGGAGUUCAUGCAUAUAUGUGAUUUUCCAUGUUGAUUUCAGUACAUGUGUAUGUGUAUGUGAAACGAUUAAUUUCCGAGUUUUGUACGAACAAAUAUACAGAGAAUACGAUUUACACAUUAA